CCCACGCCCAAACUUCGACGUGACAUGCGUCAAGUCGACAAGUCACCCCAAACUUUGUGGACUUUAUUGUUUACUUUGUUGCUUCUUGAUCACCCAGUGAUUUGUUGGACCUUUUAGACACCGGCGACAUGUUUCUCGCCACCGCGCCCUGUAGAUACCGUUAUCGCCGCUUCACGCCCGAGCAGCGGAAGUGAGAGAAGUGGGGAAGUUGUUCAUGGAUGUAGAUCUUAAAAGAACAACAAUCUGAAGGGUGAUUUGUUUUCUGUCAAGUUCAAGUUCAAAUUUGGGACGACCUGGAGGAAAGAGUCCCUGUUGGACAUGGACACCCACGUUAAGGAAGGACAACUUUAUGUUCAGCAUCAAAAGUUUGGCAAGAAAUGGAAGAAGAACUGGUUCGUCCUCUACCCGGCCAGCCAAAACGGCAUCGCCCGCCUCGAGUUCUUCGACUCGCACGGGUCGGGAGGAGCGGGUGGCAGUUCGGGCGGCACCUCCAAUGAGAAGACCCGAAAGCUGGACAAGAAAAUCAUCCGGUUGUCGGAGUGCAUCUCUAUCCUACCUGCGCUGACGGAGAGCUGUCCCAAAGACAACAUGGCGGUGUUCUGUGUGGAGACCAACGACAAGACGCACGUGUUCGCUGCUGAGAAGAACACUGCCAAGGAGUGGAUGGAUACCAUGUGUGACAUUGCAUUUCAGGGUGGAAGCGGCAGCAGCAGUGGUGGUGUUGGAGAAUCGGACGUGGGAUCCCAGGACUUGAAAAUGUCAGAGAACCUCAUCUAUUACUCCAGAGAGGAGGUAAACGAGUUUUGGGUUGGCAUCCAGUGGACCGAGGCUUCGGGUCGCUGCGGGCUGGCAGGGAACUACUGGCUGAAAGCUGAAAGCAACGUCUUGGUCUUGAAAGAGCCGAAAACAAAGAGGAACGUCUUUGUCUGGCCGUACAAGCUGCUGAGGAGAUAUGGCCGUGAUCGGGUGAUGUUUUCCUUUGAGGCCGGCCGCCGCUGUGACUCGGGCCCCGGUAACUUCACCUUUGACACCAAGCAAGGCAACGAGAUCUUCACACUUGUGGACCAGGCCAUCAAGUCACAAAAGGCCCUGGCUGAGGAGCGUCCCAUGAGCUGCCCCAUUUAUUUUGAUCCCGAGUGUCCGCCAUCACUGCAGCACAUACGCAGUGCUGGUACCACUGUACCCGGCAGCGGAGACAGCAGCAGCUGUAGCAGCUGGGAGGCCGACGGCGAUUCGGGAGGAAGCAAGCCGGGCUCUGCAGACGGCGUGCUGGGGAAGAGAGAGGGAGGAGAUGGAGGAGGAGGAGGAGGGGGAAGAGGGCAAGGAAGUGGUGGAGCUGAGAGACACAAAGGGAGGAGUUUACCAGAACUGCCAGCCAUACUGGGGGUUGUGAGUGAAGGAAACACACCUCCACGGUCCCCAAGAGGCCAGGGGGCAUCGAAGUGUUCUUCUCCGGCUCAUGAACAAGCUGCUCUUUAUUCAGAGCCAGCUGAUGCCGUACGUCUGCCUUUGCACACUGCUGACGGACUCUACUCUGACCCAGUGGACAGCAUCAAGGGCCAGAACGCAUCUAGCAGCACAUCCACACCCCAGGUACCAACGCCUCGGCUGCGAACAGCAGGUGACGAGACCUCCGGAGGUGGGGUCCAAGCAGAGCACCACCAUGGGGGCAAUGACCACAAAAAAGCCCCCGACCUGUAUUCACACGUGUAUGACCACAUCAGCCUGGAGCUGAGCCACAAGACCAGCAUGCUCAGUCUGAAUGGAUCAGCCAACGCAGGAGGGCGUGGCAGAGGUGGAGGCAGAGGGGUGAACAGUAACAGGCGACCCCCCGGUGGUCAAGCAGAGGGAGCACCCCCUGCUCCUGCUCUGGAGCAUAUUUAUGAUGAGCCGGAGGGUUGUGCAUCACAUCGGGGGACGGUUAUUUAUGACGAAACCCGUCUGGAACCGCCCAGCCAGAAGAGGCCGGAGGAAGCGGCGCCACUGACAGGACCGGAGGGAAAUUACAGCACCCCCACCCAUGGAGAGUCUCACAAACACUCUCCUACGAACCGAAGAGCACAGCACCCUCCGACUCCAAGGUGGCCCAAACCUGUGACCACCCCCAAACCCAGCAGGGGCAAUUUUGCUCGUAAGGAGCCUGUACCGUUGCCUUUUGGGAAAAAUGGUGGCCCUGUCAGUAAUGUAAACAACAACAACAACAUGUGGGGUAAAGGGGGAGGAGGGGACAAGGACCUGUACAGCAAAGUGUCAAAACAGAAAGCUUCACCUUCUAAAUCCUGGUUAAAUCAACCCAAAGUGCCACCGCUGAGGUCACCUGACAUUAUCUAUGAUAACUUGGGAGAUAUUUGAUUACCACCAGAAACAUGUCAAACAAAACAAGGCAGCUUUUUUUUUUUUUUUUAGCACAUUUUGUGAUUAUUUCCACUGCGGACUCUAAAUAAUUGAGAGCAAGUCUUCCUUGUUAGCUGCACCUCCUUUUUUGUGAGACAAGGUGUUUUCACAAAAAAAGGGAGCGCUCGUUUGGAUGCUACGAGGCUCUGUGGUUGCCUCUUCACACAAACGCACACGAGAACGCUUCGAUUUUGGAACCAGCUAAGCUCUGCUUUCACAAAAUGUCUGUGGCCCAUACAAAGGGACUAUACUGCUGCAUUAUGUCUUCGUGCAAUCUGAGAAGAUUUUGGACAGCCAGGAGAUUUUAUUUGACAGGUUCGGCAGGAUCCACAAGAACUAGUGCUUCCUGCACCAAUUCAUCACUUUGCUUUCCAGCAGUGCAGGAGAUUUAAAAGGGCACUAAUACCAGAGGUGGAUUAGAUGUUAUUCCAAGGCUCCACGUGGUGGAAAAACGUCUUGUUAUGCUUUUGCAGUAAGCAUGCUAUGGGAACUCAACCCCCUAUUUGUCUCAAGUAAACAGGCAAAAAGGGGUCAUGCUGUUGUUAAACUGCUGGGGAAGGUUGACAGAAAUGAUUUGAAUCCCUAAUUCUUGUAUAUCUAACUAAGAAUGCCUGCAAUUAUAAAAUGUAUGCAGGUGCAUCUCAAUAAAUCACAAUAUCUUUGAAGAUUAAAGUUUUUCCCCAGUAGUUCAAUUAAAAAAGGGAAACUCAUUCUACACAUCCACUACACCAGAAGUGUCCAAACCUUUACAAAAUACUGAAAAAUCAAAGAAUGCGGGGACCAUUUCAAUAGUUAUAUUCAGUCAAACUUCGUAUGCACCAGUUUUUGUUUGAUUCAAUUUUAGUCGAAAAUUUUCGUCAAUCUUUUGCCUCGUUUUUCGUACACUAUCUUGGUUUUUCUACAGUAAUCCACAUAACUCUCUGUUUUGCCCUGUAUUGUAUUAUUCCGCAAAACUGAGUGCCCAAACAAAGCUUCCUAUGCAUUGCUGACUCACUUUUCGUACAUUAUUUAUUGAGUGCAACUGCUCAGUAACCCACCAUUGGGCCAAAAAAUUUGCGAGUGCCAGCACUUUGAUAAAGAUUGUGACGAACACUUUUGAACAGGAUGCACGGGAAGUCCGCAUCAACAAUAAGUAAUAAUAAGUUUAAGCUUGUCUCUCUUUAAUUGCCAUUGUUUGCUCACGAAGAAGGAACCUAACAUGGUAUUAAAUAGUCAAGUGACAAGUGGCAGGGGAAUCGACUCUGAGAAACACUAACGUUUCGGCAGAGAACUAAAUGCUGAGACUGCAUUGGAAGGGAUGGUUUAGUGGCUACACUGGAGCAUAAUCCAGACUUUUGUUUGAAUUGAAGUCUUGACAUCAAAUAACUUUUGCAGGAUAUUGUAAUUUACUGAGAUGCACCUGUAUAUGUAAAAAAACAGCUGUGCUGUCUGGAAGUAGAACUAACAAUAAACAAUGUCUCAGAAAAGUUCAAAGAGUCCUCCAAAAGUGUCAACAUGAGUAUUCUGCCACCAAGGUCACAGUUAUUUCUGCAAAACAGACGUUCUGUUCCGAACUGAGCAGGACGCUAAAAACAAGUCUGACCUCAUCCACCCCUUCCCCUCCUCUGCCACGCUCUGUUUUUGUUGUUCCGCUCCGUAUCCAGCCACUUAAUCACGCCGUCAAGGCAUGAAACAACGGCUUUCAUUUGAACUUUCUUGUUGUUCCGCCCCAUCUGCCUCACCGCGUCUAUUGUGUUUUUCGGGUUGCCGUGGAGUUGGUGAAACUGGGGCAGGAUUGUGUGGUGCAUUUCAAGUGCAGACAGAGGUAGAUCGCAUGAUGGAAGCCCAAAGAAGCCAAUCAGCAGCAUGAAGAAUACGAAAGAGUUUCUCCAGAGCUUACAAAAGAGACGACGAGAAAGACGUUGACACGAUGAAUGUUGGCAAGAAGCAGCUGCAUGUGUCAGUUGGCUUGAAAAACAGGGACAGUCUGUUCCCUUCGCGGCUCCAGCUCCCCUUCGUCCCUCUGCUUUUUAUUUCCUCAACUGCUACCGGAGUGCUUUGUGAAAGAUACCCGCGUUACAUUUGGAGCUUCCCAAUUCUGCCAAUCCCCACCUCUGUGUUCCUUCAGGCCGAGCAGGAAAGAAAGAAGAAGCCAAGAGGGGACAGACAAACUUCUGUGUUUUUCAUUCAACUCUGAUUGAACUUAGGACAACAGAGCCAGACACAUGUGGCGCAUGGUAGCCUAUUUGUCAGAUUUUUCUGCUUCUUGAAAUGACUCAACACUUCCUCACCGGUAUCCAAAACUAGCUGCAUAUGUGCACUCUGUCAAAAGGUAGUAUCAACUGUUAAUGUUUUUUCACUCUGUCCCUCAUUCGGCAACAGCAGGCCGGCCUGUUUGGAGCUUUCAUUGCUCAAGACCUGCUUAAGAGGCAGCGUUUGGUAUUUAAUACAGGUUGGUUUGUCAAAAAAAAGUCAUCGGUAAUUGCGCAUGCUCUGUUGUGAUAUGCGACUAUGCUCAAGGUCUCCACCAGGGGCAAACGUCCAGCAACGUCCAAAUGCUGCAAACACCGAAAUGAUCCAAAACCAAAAACACACUAACGCCAUAAAACAAAUGCAAUGGUAAAAUGCUGCAAAUUAAAAAUCACAUAAAACUGCAGGAUGAAACACUAAUGCAAAAGAAAAAUGCUACAAAUGCCAAAAACACACACGAACACCAUAAACAACUGCAUGAGAGAAAUGCUGCUGGGUGGCCAGGAAAGGUUUUUGAUCCUGCAGCGUUUAUGUGAUUGCAGCAUGUUUUAUGCGUUUGUGUGUUGCAUUGUGUGGUUUUGGAUAGUUUCUGUGUUUGAAGCAUUUGGACAUUGGUGCAUGUUUGCCCCUGUUGGCCAGCGUAAGAUGGCCUCACAUCAUAGUUUCACAUCAACUUCUGUUGGCGUUUUUCACUUUAGCACAGCAGGCCAUGCUGGCUAUAACGCAACUACCAAAAAGCCCUCUUUCAUACCUUGCUCAAGCUUGAGUAUUAGGAAACAGUCUGUGGGUGUAGGCGUGAGUUAGCGGGUUCCUUCUCAGGCAGCAUGGUGAUAUCCAUCUUCAGGCGCACACAUUAUCUACAAGUCUGUCUCAUGCUGUUUUUCUGCUAUUAGAGUGUUUGCUAGGCUUGCAAACACGCCUGAAACGCUCUCACCGCAGACCACCAAUUUUUAUUUUUAGCAGCAUAUUUUAGGCAACCAAUUGAGUAAUGUGUCUCCUGAAGUUGCAUUUGGAAAUUAUUGUAGUUUCAUUCACCCAUUUGCCUCCUACCUUUGUAUGCUUCUUCUGUAUUAUAUAUAUUCUAUAUAAUAUUGUGCAGUGAAUGUGCAGACUCCACUUUUCAGACUGCGUAGGAGUGCAACCUUUCUGAUUUGCCUCUCAGCAGAUGCAGUUCCUUUUUCUGCUCUCGCUCAGGGCAGCUGGGGAUGCACUUAAUUAUUCUCAGUCUGUGACCUGUGUAGUAAGUGCUUUGUGUCGUAUUAUCACUGGGGCCAGAACUGCAGGAAAGACACAGCAUGUCAGAGUCCGAGAGGGAGAUAAAGAAAUGUUCUUGUGAGCUGCCGAUUCUGUUACUACAAAAAAGGAAACAAAAUGCCAAGAAAAAAGCAGGAAGUGGCAGCACUUUUUUAUAUAAUAUUGUAAGCUUUUUGACCAUCCAUAAGUAUUUAAAAUGCUCCCACCAAAUUAGACAAUUUAUUGACAAUGGAAUGACAUUGACACAACUGUAUGUAACACAAAACAUCACCAAUGAACAACAUAUAAACGCCAAACAGGAAGAAAACACCAAACUUGCGUCAAAUCUAACGUCACACUUGUGUCAAAAGGUGGAACAUUUUUUUUUAAAGUCUCCUAAACUAAUGAGAUGUACAUGCACCCACCCACCCACACAAAAAUCACACUUAGGCUAUUGCGGUUCUCUUUCACAGUUAGCAGGCUGAAAGAGGAACUGCAUUUUCGUUUCCUAUUCAAACCACCUUACUGAAUUUACAUACAAUGACGAAAAAGGUAGCAAGUGGAAACAAAGAACCAGGGACAGAAGCAAAUCAAAAUGUCACUAGGAAAACUUGGAGGUUCGCUCAAAUUCUUUUUGGAGACAAAAGCAUCGUUGUGGUUGUCAUUUCUGAAUGCAGAAGUCCUGUGACAUCACAAAGCCAUGAGGUCAUUUGUCACUGGGUCGUUUCUGGUGUGACAAGGUUCAACAUGGGGGUGGAAUGGCGGGAGACUGAUUAAAGCCUGACUGUGUGUGUGUGUGUGUGUGUGUGUGUGUGUGUGAGAGAUGAGGCUCUUAUGUGAGGAAUAUACAAUUAGUGAUACUGGAUGAGAGCAACGCACCAAUAGGAGAAUGAGUCAAUUACUUAACGUGCGUGAAAAUACUUGCAAAAUGGGUCUGUUGCGUAAAAGCAUGAACUUGCAUUGACUCCAUUUCAAACACAUCUCACUCUCUCUCUCUCUCUCUUUCUCUCUCUCUCACACACACACACACACACUCAACUGGAGAAAAGAUUUUGUCAUAUUCCCAAUUUUCAAAAGUACACUGAAAAAAAAAAAAAUCUGAUGCCUCCAUUCAUCCCGUGGUACGGCACCUUUCAACCCCCUAAGAGAGAGCUCUGAACGGUGGUGAAAGAGAGCAUAGAGGCUCCUCUCGUGCGCUACUUUUUUUCUGGGUCUCUUUAACAGCAAAGCUGUGUUAAGACCAAUGUUAAUAUCUAUAUGUCAAUACCAUUUGGAAAUGUCCUUUUCCCGUAUAAGGCUUGUGUGUUACACACUUUUAAUCCCCCUUUAAUUUAUCAUUUGUUUUUAACACACUCUCGUCCUUUGUGUCUGUUGUCUUGCUGUUUCCCUUCUUCUCAUCUUUUUCUUGUUUAUGGGGUGGAAUUAGGAAGACGUCCUAAUGUUCCUUUGUCACACAUGCACAAACAGUAUUCUAAGCCAGUGUGCUGACAUUUGACUCGUGAUGAGUGGAAGAAUUAAGUCAGCUGACCCAGAUAUUUAGUGGCUUUUGCUUCUUUUGACAGAGGUGUUAUUAGAAAACCUCACAAUGUAGAUAGCGUGGUGUGUGUGUGUGCUGUGUGUGUCAAGGAAACACUUCUUGUCACUAAAUAGUAGCCAGAAGGUGUGCUAAAUGUACUCCAACUAGUAUCUGUAUUGCUCCGAAUUUGAGCUUUCCACCACUCACCCAUCAGUCCUCUUCCAGUCUCACCACAGAGCUGUCGUCGCACCGCUCCUGAUGAGCGGGGGCUGAGGCCUGAUGGCUGCCACCACUCAGGAAGGUCAAAAUGGGACGAGAGCCCUUGGCAGGCGGGAGUCCCAGUGAGGAAGAACAAGAAGAGGGCAUAGGGGACACAGUGGCCCUGACCUUGCUUU